AUGGAGAGCUCCCGCCUCGGCCGCCUCUGCCUGGGCUGCUCGCUGCUCUUCCUGCUGGGCGCCGGCCGGGGGCCCAGGGCUGCCGCCAGCCAAAGCCAGGAAGAAAAGGACCUGAUUGAAGCUCUCCAGGAGGUGCUGGAGAAGCUGAAGACGGAGCGGCUGCCCUCCAUCGAGAAGAAGCUGGGCUCGGUGCCCUCGUGCGACGCCGGAGAGCUGUGUGCCGUGAGGAAAGGAGCCCGGAUCGGGAGACUCUGCAACUGCCCCCGCGGGACGGCCUGCAACUUCUACAUCCUCAAGUGCUUGUGA